GUCCCUCUGUCCCUGUGUCUCCGUCCCCGUGUCCUCGUGCUCCCCUUACCCCCCGUGCCCCCGGGCCCCCGUCCCUGGGUGCCCGUCACUCUGCUCUUUCCCCUGUGUCUCCAUGACCCCGUGCCCCUGCUCCUGUGUCUCGGUCCCUGUGCCCCCGGGCGCCCCAUGUACCCCGUGUCACGUCCCCGUCCCCGUGUGCCAGCCCCCGUGUCCCCGGCCCUGCGUCCCCGUGUCCCUGUGCCGUUACCCCUGUGUCCCUGUCGCCACGUCCCUGGCCCUGUGCCCCUGUCCCCCCGUCCCCGUGUCCCCGUGCCCCCUGCCCCGCGUCCCCGUGUCCCCCUCCUCACGUCUCUGUGUCUCCAAGAUCCAGUGUCCCCGUAUCCCCGUGUCCAUGUUCCUGUGUCCCCGCGGCUGCGCCCAGGGCUGCCUGUCCUGCGUGAAGUAGGCAGCUGCCCGCUCGGGGCCCGAGGCCUCGGCAGAGGGGGGGCUGGGCAGAGACGAGGACGCGCAGCCUCCACCCUGGAUGGCAGCCCCUUCACUGCUCCUGCUCCUGCUCCAGCUCCAGCCCCCCUCAGCGCAGGCACCGGCCCGCAGCUCCCCGCGGGCGCCCCGGCAGCUCUCCAUCCAGGGGUCACCCGGAAGGAGUGUCCUGGUCCCUCUCGGACGGUCCUGCCCCACGUGCUCGCAGAUUUGGGAGCCGGACCUGGACCCCAGCACACCUGCUCUGCCCUUUUAGACCUCCAGGCGGCAGCAACGGAGAUUUCAGGAGCUUUUCCAACACGUCCUGGUACGGAUCCUGGUAAGACGAGCGGCUGGGACGUCCUCCCAUCCCGGGGGUCCUCCUUCCUCCCAGAGGCUGUGCCCGGAGGCUCCUGUUGCCAUGACGCCCAGCGUGCCCGCUCUCCCUUUGCUGCUUGUGCUCCGGGUUCCUCUGAGAACCCGGCGUGGCUCCAGGCUGCGGCGCCAGACGCUGUCUCCCUUCUUCUUUUCCAGAAGAGACCUCCUGGGACCUGA